CUGACGAAGACGCAGCGCGAGCGCCUGCGCGCGCUCAUCGACCGCGCGGCGAUCCCGUACGACGCGACGAACGUCGCGCACGCGGAAUCGCUGCGCGAUCUGUGGAAGGUCGCGUUUCCGAUGCGCGACCUCCCGGGGAUGAAGUGCGAGGAGUGGAAAGAGAUGGGGUGGCAGGGCGUCGACCCCGCGACGGACUUCCGCGCGGGCGGGCUGCUAUCGCUUCAGAACCUGGUGUGGUUCGCGAAGAAGCAGAACAAGGUGUUCAAGCGAUUGAUGCGAAAGACGGACGGCGCGCGGAGCGACUGGGAGUACCCGUUCGCGGCGUGCGGGGUGAACGUAACGCACGCGCUCGAUGCUGCCGGCGACGAUGCUUCGUCGUCGGUGCCGAAGCGGACGACGGCGGCGGCGGCGGCGUUCGCGGAGCUGUUGGCGACGGACCCGGACGCGUUCGAAAACAUGUACGUGACGUUCUUCGAAACGCUCGACGCGGAGUGGUUAUCUCAGGAGGCGACGUACAUGGAGUUUAACGUCGUCAUGAAGGCGACGACGAAGAAGGUCAAG